AUGGACAAGCUGGUCGCCCAGUACUCGCGUCCGCCGCAUCAGAAUGAGUUCUACUCGGAGCAAGAGCAACAGGACCUCACAGAGAGCCUCCCUCCGCUCUCUCUCAAGUUCGCCAUGCCUCCUGUCGACAACUCAGCUUCCUUCCUCCGCGCUAUGACCGAUGACCACUCCAACCCCAGCUGUCCCAUCAAGCUCGCUCACGGCACAACAACCCUGGCCUUCCGAUUCCAGGGCGGCAUCAUUGUGUGCACCGACUCCCGAGCAACGGCCGGUAACUGGAUCGCCAGUCAGACUGUCAAGAAGGUUAUCCCGGUGUCGCGGUUGAGCCGUGGUGAAGACAAGCCGACUAAGGACCCCACGCCCGGUCUGCUGGGUACUAUGGCCGGUGGCGCGGCGGUAAGUCUGAUCUACUCUUUGAUGGGUGAUGAGACCGGCGAUGAGAUGGAAGCUGGUCCGGAGGAUUGCCAAUAUUGGUUGCGGUAUUUGAGUCAGCAGUGCACUCUGCACGAGAUCCGACACAAGCGCCGAAUCACCGUCGCGGCCGCCUCGAAAAUUCUCGCAAACCUGACCUAUGCCUACAAGGGCUACGGUCUGAGUAUGGGAACCAUGCUUGCAGGUGUCACACCCCAAGAAGGACCCGCCCUGUACUACAUCGACUCAGACGGCACUCGCCUGCCAGGCAACCUGUUCUGUGUCGGAUCCGGACAAACAUUCGCCUACGGUGUACUGGACGCGAACUACAAGUACGAUCUGACGGAGCAGGAGGCGCUGGAUCUGGGCCGCCGUGCCAUCCUGGCUGCCAUGCACCGUGACGCGUACUCUGGUGGCUUUAUUAACCUCUACCACGUUAAGGAGGAAGGAUGGGUGCACCACGGCUUCGAUGAUAUGAACCCUAUUUUCUGGAAGACCAAGCUGGAUCGUGGGGAAUUCUCGAAUGUGACGUCUGAGUUGUAG